UAGCUUGCCUGAAGCAAAGUUGACCCAUGAACAGCAAAGGAUUUUGAAUCACAAAAUCGAACAUGGUCAAAUAGUGAAAAUUAUGGCAUUUGCAGGUACAGGAAAGACCUCAACCUUGGUCAAGUAUGCGGAGAAGUUUGCUGAUCUGAAUUUCCUUUAUGUGACAUUUAACAAAGCUGUUGCAGCGAGGGGGAAAAGGGUCUUCCCCAGAAACGUUACGUGCAGGACUUUCCAUUCUUUAGCAUUUGGAAGUGUUGGCAAAGACUAUAAAGAAAAAGGCAAGCUGAACUUUUCCAAGAUGUCCGUUUACUCCAUCAGUUUCCUUCUCCAAUACCGUGAAGGACAAUCUCUGUUUAUAAGAGGGAAAACAGUCUCGCAGACCCUUGAAAACUUUUUUGCCUCUUCAGAUAAAGAGAUCUCUGCAGAGCACACUCCUGUUUGGUUCAGAGAUACUCACGGUGAGAGAAGACUUGUCAGUCCAUCAGAAAAGGAAAUCAAUGUUGCAGAGGCAAAAGAGAUAUGGUACAACAUGAAGAAGCUGGAUGGAGACGUGGAGAAGAAAUACAAAAUGACUUCUGAUGGGUAUUUGAAACUUUGGCAGCUCAGCAAGCCUCAGCUCUCAGGAUAUGAUGCCAUUUUUGUAGAUGAAGCACAGGACUGCACUCCAGCCAUCAUGGAUAUUGUGCAGUCACAGACAUGUGGCAUAAUCCUCGUAGGAGACCCUCACCAGAAGAUUUAUACCUUCCGAGGGGCUGUCAAUACCCUCUACUCAGUGCCUCACACCCAUGUCUACUACCUCACCCAGAGUUUCAGAUUUGGUCCUGAAAUAGCUUACGUUGGAGCAACCAUUCUUGAUGUCUGCAAGAGGAUUAGGAAUAAGACAUUAGUGGGUGGAAACCAAAAGGGUGAUGUGAGAGGUGGCAUGGAGGGGAAGAUAACAAUCUUAUCACGAAGCAAUUUUAACGUGUUUGAAGACGCUGUGAAAAUUACUGGAAGAGAGAGACCGAUUAAAAUACACGUGAUUGGGGGGCUUCACCGUUUUGGCCUGAGCAAAAUUUAUGAUAUUUGGAAACUCAGUCGACCUGCAGAUGAAAGGGAAAAAG